AAAACAUGGGUGAGAGAAACAGUGGAAGCAAAAGCAGCAGGUGGUCUUUGCAGGGAAUGACUGCACUGGUCACAGGUGGAUCCAAAGGAAUCGGAUAUUCUAUCGUGGAGCAGUUGGCAGAGCUUGGAGCCACUGUACACACUUGUUCUCGGAACCAAGCUGAACUCAAUGAAUCCUUGAACGAAUGGACCACAAAAGGAUACAGAGUAACCGGUUCGGUCUGUGACGUGACCUCUCGUGUUAACAGAGAAGAGCUGAUAGCUACUGUCUCUUCUCAGUUCAAUGGAAAACUCAAUAUCCUGGUAAACAAUGUGGGAACAAACGUACAGAAGCAGACCCUGGAUUUAACAGCGGAAGAUUUCGCAUUCCUGAUGAAUACGAAUCUUGAAUCUUGUUUCCACUUAAGCCAGAUGUGCUUGCCUGCGGCAUCUUACAUUACAGGACAGACCAUUUGUGUUGAUGGCGGCUUCUCUGUGAACGGCCUCCACAUAGUCUAG